CACGGGAUCAGACUUACUCGGGCGGGGAUUGUUCAACAACCUGGUACGCCGUCUUAUGGUUGAACGCUGCAGUGGAAUACGGGAGCUCAGGGUGAAGAAAUCCGACCACAUUCUGUUUUGUCGCAUGUUUGGUGACGUCCAAUAGUCGACUGGCUGUGAAGUCUCCUGGGCCAAGGCCUAGAGACUUUUUUUUCCUUUUUUUUAGCGGACGCUACUGAAAAUUUCCGUGGAUGCCCAACUAGUUUUCAAUGCCCGUUUUGACCGGGUGUUAACCGAUGAAGCACUUUAUUGAUUGAUUUUAGCGGAGACGGUCGGAAACAUUAGCCAGUCAUUUGAAGCUACUGCUAACUGCCAGCGAGGAAGUGAGGAACGAUAAAAAUGACAUCUCGGAGGUGGUUUCACCCCAACAUCACAGGUGUGGAGGCCGAAAACCUCCUGCUGACUCGAGGUGUGGAUGGGAGCUUCUUAGCCAGACCCAGUAAAAGUAAUCCAGGAGACUUCACCCUCUCAGUACGGCGAAAUGGAGCCGUCACCCACAUUAAGAUCCAAAACACGGGCGACUUCUACGACCUUUAUGGUGGGGAGAAGUUCGCCACCCUGGCAGAGCUGGUUCAGUAUUACAUGGAGCAUCACGGGCAACUGAAAGAGAAAAAUGGAGACGUUAUCGAGCUCAAGUAUCCCCUCAACUGUGCAGACCCCACGUCAGAAAGAUGGUUCCACGGACACCUGUCGGGCCGAGAGGCCGAGAAGCUGCUGACAGAAAAAGGCAAGAACGGGAGCUUCCUGGUGAGAGAGAGCCAGAGCCAUCCAGGCGACUUCGUUCUGUCCGUCCGCACCGGAGACGACAAGACGGACAGCAGUGACAGCAAACCCAAAGUCACUCACGUCAUGAUCCGCUGCCAGCAUGACCUGAAGUACGACGUGGGUGGAGGGGAGAAGUUUGACUCUCUCACAGACUUGGUAGAGCACUACAAGAAGAACCCAAUGGUGGAAACUCUGGGCACCGUGCUUCAGCUCAAACAGCCCCUCAACACCACUCGUAUCAACGCAGCAGAGAUUGAAAUUCGAGUUCGUGAGCUGAGCAAACUGGCGGAGGCCACAGAUAAGGUCAAGCAAGGCUUCUGGGAAGAAUUUGAGACAUUACAGCAACAAGAGUGCAAGCUGCUCUACAGUCGCAAAGAGGGCCAGAGGCCAGAGAACAAAAACAAGAACAGAUACAAGAACAUUCUUCCCUUCGACCACACGCGAGUGGUGCUGAAUGACGGGGACCUAAACGAACCGGGCUCCGACUACAUCAACGCCAACAUCAUCAUGGUAGUAUCCACUGCGAUGCCGGACCUGGACUCAAAGUGUAACAGCACCAAGGUGAAGAAGAGCUACAUCGCCACUCAGGGCUGCCUGCAGAACACCAUCAGCGACUUCUGGAGGAUGGUGUUUCAGGAGAACUCACGAGUCAUCGUCAUGACCACCAAGGAGGUGGAAAGAGGGAAGAGUAAAUGUGUGAAGUACUGGCCAGACAUGUCUGCUCUGAAGGAGUACGGGGCCAUGCGUGUCAGGAACGUACGAGAGACCGCCGCUCACGACUACAUCCUGCGAGAGCUGAAACUCUCCAAAGUCGGUCAGGGUAACACAGAGCGCACAGUCUGGCAGUACCACUUCAGGGCCUGGCCGGACCACGGGGUCCCCACCGACCCGGGUGGUGUACUCGACUUCUUAGAGGAAGUCAACCUGAAACAGGAGGGCAUUCUGGAUGCUGGGCCCAUAGCAGUACACUGCAGUGCAGGGAUCGGGCGAACAGGAACGUUUAUAGUGAUCGACAUCCUGAUAGAUGUGAUCAGAGAAAAAGGGGUGGACUGUGACAUCGAUGUGCCAAAGACAAUCCAGAUGGUUCGUUCUCAGCGCUCUGGGAUGGUGCAGACUGAGGCGCAGUACAGGUUCAUCUACAUGGCCGUGCAGCAUUACAUAGAAACACUGCAGAGGCGCCUGGAGGAGGAGCAGAAAAGUAAGAUUAAAGGACGUGAGUACACCAACAUUAAGUACUCUCUGUCUGACCUGACUGGUGGGGAGCAGAGCCCUUUGCCUCCUUGCACCCCUAUUCCCACCCCUACCUGCACAGAGAUGAGGGACGACAGCUCCAGAGUGUAUGAGAACGUGGGCCUGAUGCAGCAGCAGAAAAGCUUUAGAUGAGACUCAGCAUGUACUCCAGUUCUCUACCAGUUCCAGGAUCUUGAUACCUGACAGUUUUUCGCCAGCCACACCUUGACGCCUGAGACUUGACCGUAAUGACAUGGAUCAACCGGGGAGAACACACAAACAAAACACGAGGGAGACUCAGACCAGACUGACCUCUCUCAUUCUACACAAACAUUUUCCCUCGAGUUGAAAUCUAAACCACUGUGAUCAUCAGAGGAGCCUCUGAGAAGCUAAAUCAGCUACUAAACCACAGCUGGGGUUUAGCCUUUGUAGAUCUCACCCCAACAAGGGCUGCCGACAGCGAGCACUCUGCUUAGAGGGAAAACAACCCGACUAACCUUCGCUCAUCUCUAAUUUUUCCUCCUUUCUUUUUUUUAUUAACCAAAGUAACGUAGAUUGUUUGUAGACAAACGUAAGGGGGUUCCUGCCAAACCCACUCGUGAUUCUAACCUCCAGUUUACAGCCAGUUAACACGUUUUAUCGGAACGGUUGGCCUUCGACGCAGUGGGAGAUGAGACCCCGUUGCUGUCAGUGUUUUAAAGAAUAACACCACAUUUGUCAUGACCCUCAAACCUCUGACUCCUAAACACAAAUUGAUUCAUAGAGCAACUUUAAUUGUUUUGUUUCCAAGUUGACGUGUAAAAUGCUUUGACUGGUAUUCACGUUGUUGAUGAACCAUUCCCGGGCCCCAGCCGGACGUCCUUAAUGCUGCACUUUUAUUUAGCUGCAUAACCGUUUGAGUCGAGCUCUGCAUCACCGGGUGGAGUCGUGAGGAUUCUCCACAGCGGCCUGCACCUCUUCGUCAGUCAGCAUGUUGACAUAUUACACUUUCAGGAGAGUCUGUGGUUUAUCUGUUUGCUGCCAAAACAUUUUUUAACUCUUCUUUUUUGUGCAUUAUUACAUUCUUCAUUCUUUCUUUUUAAACAAAUGCCUUUCGUGUACCGUCGCCUAUCUUGAGCACCAUAUGUACUUAAGAGUCACUGUUUGAAGAAGCAACCGCACAUUUCUCAGCUUUGGCAGUGGAGUUUAAUCAGUGAUGUGGCUGUAGUCAUUUGGAUUAUGUCAUUUACACACACAUGCACAAGUAUAAAGUUUUUUUUUUUUUUUAAAGGAAAAAAAAAAGAAUUUCCAGGUCUUUUUGUUUGUGGAAGUUUGACAUUUUGGAAAAUACACAAAAACUAGCCGCUGAUUAGCUUAGCUUAGCUUAGCAAGAAGAUACCAGAAGCUUCUGGCUGAGACCCAGAAAUGGUUUUCAGGGUAUUUUAAUGGAGAUCAUUCCUACACGUGCACCUGAAGGAGGAUGCUUGGGUGUUUCCUGUUGUUUUUUGAAGAAAAAAUGAAGGUCUGAUGGCGUCUUUAACUUAUGUUGCUCCUCCUGCUGCAGGAUAAUAAUCAAGGAUGUAAGAGCUGGAAAAUGAGUUAAGAGAGGGAAGUUUUUCAGUUAUGUUCACCUCAUAGAGCUCUUAGAUGAUAGAAAUGUCAGAUUUCAGCCAGCUGGUGUGGAGUUUGUUUUUCUUUUUGGACCAAAAGCUGUAAAGUGACACCUGUAGAGCAGAGCUGCAGACUUCCUGCUGAACAAAGCCAAUCAUCAGCUUUAAAAUGUACAGAACAGAGUUAAAGCUUCUGAGCUCAGUGUGUUUUCCAAAAGUUGUUCCUCCAUCAUCAUCUUCAGUCAGCUGCUGCAUCCAGGGAAUUCUCCUCUUCUUCACAGGAUUUCAGACACGUUGCCUCAGUAUUUUGUGAAGCGUUGCUACAUUGCUUACCAUGUGUACACCUUGAGAAAUGCAGUGUUGUGGUUGUGUUUACUGUAACAGUGCCGACUCAGUCCCUCUCUGGGGAAAAACGUAAGCAGCGGCUCUCCUCUUUGCCUUUCAGGACAGUUCUCUGCAACCGCUGAUCCAGGACUGAACAGCUUCUUUGUGUAACGCUGAGAAAUCAUUAAAUCUUGUCUUUUUCGGGGCUGCUUCCUCUCGCUGGAGGUCUCUGCUGCUUCUCAGCAAGUGUUCUUUGAAACGUCUCCUCCCAGGCGAACGCCAUCCUUGGACCGAGCUCCUCUGUAGCGUGGUGUACUGUAUGCAGUUUUACGGUCAAACGGACGACUCUGUACUUGUUCGUGUUUUGUGGAGUGCCUGUUUGUGGUGGUUUCAUGUCCCGUGAGUGUGUGUAUGCAAGGAUGAGUGUUUGUUCUGAGUCUUCUCAGAUACUUUCCACUUUUUGUUUCUUUCCCAGGUGAUAAAACUCGUUUCCAUUAAUCAUGUAAGCAAUUUAGAUGCAUAGACGUGCCUUCUAUGCAUAUGCCUCUGUGUAUAAAACAGCUAUUAAAGACAACACGAUGCUCUUUAGUUACAGCGUCAACUAAGAACCUGCAACACUUAAAUGUGAAUUCUUUCAUCCUAAACAUCCUGAACAAAAUAAAGGAAAACGAAGAUCACAAUGCAAACAAACUAUAUUUUUUAACAUGUAUAUUGUACAUGAGCACCAAGUAGAGGAGAAUGUACUUACUAAAACAUAUCUACUUGCCAAUAAAAUAUACUGUAUGUAUAUUCCUCCAGCUUUCUCUCUGACACAGGGAGGGACCUCUCAAAGCUUAAGAGGUGUAUUGUAUGAGUUUCAAUGCAGUUAACCAUGUUAACUUCCUCAGUAACAAUAAAUGGCUUGCUCAUGCCUCA